AGAGAGAGAGAUAAAGCUAUGGCAUUCCUUCCCCACUCGCAGCUUCCCUGAAGAUUAAGGAGACUCGACUCAGUCAUGGCCGUCCGUCUCUUCUCUUCAACGGCGCUCCUCGAGUAUCGUCAUGUACCCAACACAGAGGAAGAAAGAAGCUGCUUUGCGCCUCGGCGAACUUUUCAUUCUCACCGGCUCAACCCUAUUGCUCCUAGGAGUGGAAUUCUCAAGUGUAACAAUGACUAUUUCACUAGAAAGUGUCUGAGGAAGAGUAGGACUCAAGCCAUUGCAGAGUAUUUAGGUUCAGCUUCAGAUCCAAAGAAGCCAAGUUAUCAUCCUUCUGAAGAAAUCAGAGCGUAUCUGCCAGAGAAUCCUGGUGAUUCUAGGCUUCCACCUGCUGAAACCGCUAGAACCAUCAUUGAGGUGAACAAAAAAGGAACUCUGAUGCUUUCAGGUUUACUUGGUAUUGGACUUCAUGAGAACAUCCUCUGGCCUGAUAUUCCUUAUGUAACAGAUCAGCAUGGAAAUAUAUACUUUCAAGUUAAGGAAAACGAGGACAUUAUGCAAACCGUUGUCACCUCUGAUAAUAACUAUGUGCAAGUGAUAGUAGGUUUUGAUACGAUGGAGAUGAUCAAGGACAUGGAGCUGAGUACUCCCUCUGGUAUUGGUUUUGAGAUUGAAGAAAUGGAAGAUGGUAUAACUGAAGUAGACGAUGAAAACAAGACGGAUGAAGACAAAGAUGAUGAGGAAUGGGUUGCUGUUCUAGAAGAUGGAGAUGAAGAUGAAGACGAUGAUUAUGUUUCAGACUCUGAUGAGUCACUUGGAGACUGGGCAAACUUGGAAACGAUGCGAACUUGCCAUCCUAUGUAUUUUGCCAGGAGGAUAGCCGAGGUUGCGUCAAAGGAUCCUUUAAACUGGAUGGAGCAACCAUCAGCUGGCCUUGCUAUCCAGGGGCUAUUGAGCCGUGUCUUUGUGAAAGAUCACUCACACAUCUCUGCUCCCAAGUCUACAAGUAGUGACAAAAACAAGGAGGGAGAAAAAUCAGAAGAGAAGGUUGAAGACAUUGAUGAAAGUGAGAAGAUAUUGCAACUUGAGAAUUCGAGAAAUGCUAUAUCUUAUUACAAGCUGGAGAUGAAUAAAAUCCAGCUCAUCACAGCACAGGGGCAUCAGACUGAAGUGGAAGUGGGAGAUGUCAGAAAAGCACAACCCGAUGCUAUUGCUCUUGCAUCAGACGGUAUUGUGAGACGUCUAGAAGAAGAUGGUAAUAUGCUAACUGAAGCGCUCAAAUCUCUAUGUUGGAGACAUAACGGGAUUCAAGCAGAGGAAGUGAAGCUCAUCGGUAUAGAUUCACUUGGUUUCGACAUCAGGCUUUGCUCCGGGAUGCAAAUUGAGACAUUACGGUUUGCAUUCCUGACAAGGGCAACAUCAGUGCACAGUGCUGAAGGACAGUUGAGAGAAUUAUUAUUCGCUUCCACACCUCAUAAGCCGCAGACACCAAAGCAAACGAGUCCAAAGGAAUCUUGGUGAUGUUAGUAAAAAGUCUAAAGAAAACAAAUCCAACCGCAGUAUUUGCAUAUCAACAAAUCUUUUCCUCACGAGUCAAAACAUGAAGUAACUGCUGUCAACGAUAAGGACCAGUGCUUUUCAGUGUUGCCUUGUUGGAGAUUGGCAGAUGAAGUCUGGAUCUCCUGUUGUUUGAUGUUUUUCAAUUCAUUCUUGAUGCAUGACGUAUCUUUGUUUGUUUGUGGUUCAAAACUGUGAUUCGUUAUACUUGGUAUCAGUGUUCUAAAAUGCAGUUUACGCAUCUAAUUAGAUGGUGCGUAUACAUUAUACGGUAAUCAAUCAAAUGUACUGGUUUCAUGUUAUAAUGUGGAUUUAUAUA